AUGGGAAUGGUUCUGCUUCGUUUGGCGUUGCUGCUGCUACUAACCUUCUCCAGUAACAAUGUGGAGGGAGAGCGAGAUCAAGAGGUGUUUUGUGGAGCUUGCAAGGCACUGGUCGAUGAGCUACUGUAUGACAUUAGGAAGGUGAAUCCGAAGAGGACCAUUGACGUGGGGUCAUUCCGAAUAAGCCCUGACGGGACACAAGAGAGGAGUAAGGUUCCUUUAGCAAAGUCAGAGACCUACUUAACAGAAGUAUUGGAAAAUAUAUGUGAUAGAAUGAAUGAUUACCAACUGCAAGUGGAUCCUCAAACCCAAAAAAGGACAUUCAAGAGAUUUGCUCCUAGGAAAGAUGAGAAAAUCUAUGCAGAUUUUAAAAAAUUCUAUUUUUAUUCUGAUGCUUACAAACCUUUGAAAUUUGCGUGUGAAAGUAUUAUAGAAGAGUAUGAAGAUGAAAUUUUCUCACUUAUCGCCCAAGAGGCAGACUAUCUAGCUGACAAGCUGUGCAGUGAAAAAUCAGGUCUUUGUGAAGAAUCUGCUACUCACACUGAGCUAUAG